AUGCCUCACUUUGGAAUUGCUUUUCUUUUUCAGCCACCGUUGGAAGAUGCUGCGCUGCUCGAGGCACCAGGCGUUCCAAUCAGUAGCACUUUCAUACAGGAACUCUUUCAAGCACAGUACAGGUCCUCUCUGACGUGCCCUCAUUGUCAGAAGCAGAGUAACACCUUUGACCCUUUCCUCUGCAUUUCUCUGCCAAUUCCUCUGCCUCAUACACGACCUCUGUAUAUCACUGUGGUGUAUCAAGGGAAGUGUUCGCAUUGCAUGCGCAUCGGUGUGGCAGUGCCUCUGUCUGGAACAGCGGCGAAGUUGCGUGAAGCAGUAUCCAUGGAAACCAAGAUACCCACUGAGCAGAUUGUACUGACGGAGAUGUACUAUGAUGGGUUCCAUCGCUCCUUCUGUGACACCGAUGACCUGGACACGGUUCAGGACAGUGACUGUAUUUUUGCGUUUGAGACCCCUGAGAUAUAUAGGCCUGAGGGGAUCUUUAGUCAGAGAGGAAUUCAUGUGAACAAUAAUCUAAAUAACUUGAAAUAUGGCACUGACCACCACAGAACAUCAUCUUAUACACAAGGGUCGGUGAAGUCUGGGAAACAGGAAACCUCUACUUGCUCAGCAGCCAGUGACAAGAUUGUAUUGCUGGUCUGCAACAGAGCAUCUACCGGACAGCAGGGGAAAAGGUUUGGCCAGCCCUUUGUGUUGCACCUCGAGAAAACAAUUGUAUGGGAUCUCCUCCAGAAGGAAAUCCUGGAGAAGAUGCAGAAUAUUCUGCGACCCUCAGCCUGCAUUCAGGUGUGUCCAUUCAGCUUGCGGGUGGUUAGUGUUGUGGGCAUAACAUACCUAUUACCUCAGGAGGAGCGGCCCCUCUGCCACCCCAUUGUGGAACGGGCACUGAAAUCAUGUGGACAGGGUGGAACUGCACAUGUGAAGUUGGUGGUAGAAUGGGACAAAGAGACUAAAGAUUAUUUGUUUGUGAACAUGGAGGAUGAGUACGUCCCAGACUCCGAAAGUGUCCGUCAGCAGAGGGAGCUUCAUAACCAGCCUCAGUCCUGCACUUUAUCUCAAUGUUUCCAACUUUACACCAAAGAGGAACAGCUUGCUCCAGAUGAUGCAUGGCGCUGCCCCCAUUGCAAACAGCUGCAACAGGGAAGUAUUACAUUGAGCCUAUGGACCUUACCUGAUGUUCUCAUCAUACAUCUAAAGAGGUUUACACAGGAGGGAGACCGAAGAAUGAAACUGCAGAACAUGGUCAAGUUCCCUCUGACCGGCUUGGAUAUGACCCCUCACGUCGUCAAACGCAGUCAGAGUAGCUGGAGUCUGCCAUCUCACUGGUCCCCAUGGAGACGACCCUACGGUCUUGGAAGGGACCCUGAGGAUUAUGUCUACGACCUGUAUGCGGUGUGCAAUCACCAUGGCACUAUGCAAGGAGGGCACUAUACAGCAUAUUGUAAGAAUUCUGUAGAUGGCUUGUGGUACUGCUUCGAUGAUACUGACGUGCAGCAGUUGGCAGAAAAUGAAGUCUGCAAGCAGACAGCUUACAUCCUCUUCUACCAGAGGCGCACAACAAUCCCAUCAUGGUCGGCUAACAGCUCUGUGGCAGGCUCUACAAGCUCUUCUCUCUGUGAACACUGGGUGAGCCGGCUUCCUGGCAGCAAACAGCCCAGCAUUGCCUCAGCAGCUUCCUCCCGACGCACGUCUCUGGCCUCGCUUUCAGAAUCAGUGGAGCUGACUGGGGAAAGGAGUGAAGAUGAUGGGGGGUUCUCGACUCGACCCUUUGUAAGAAGUGUCCAGCGUCAGAGUUUGUCUUCCAGAUCCUCUGUCACCAGCCCUCUGGCAGUAAAUGAAAAUGGGGUUCGGCCAUCCUGGUCGCUGUCUGCAAAGCUGCAGAUGCGCUCCAACUCUCCUUCACGCUUCUCUGGAGACUCUCCUGUGCGCGCUUCUGCCUCGACACUGGAGAAGAUUGGGGAGGCUGCUGAUGAUAAAGUGUCCACUUCCUGCUUUGGCAGCUUAAGGAACCUCUCCAGUAGUUACCCAGAACCAAGUGACAGCAGCAGCAGGCGAGAACAUAGGACAGUGGGCAGAGCCCCUCUGGCUGUCAUGGAAGGGGUGUUCAGAGAGGAAUCUGCUGCAAGGAAAUCAAAUUCUGCUUUCAUGGACCCAUAUGGGAAAAGCUUGGUGCAAGCAGACAGGAGCCAUCUGGCUCUGGACCCUUUUGAUAACAACAAUCAAAUUGCUUUUGUGGAUCAGAGUGACUCUGUGGAGAGCUCUCCAGUCAAAGAGGUGAAAGCCCCCAGUGGGACAGGGCUGCUCUCUGAGAAGGCAGAUGGCAUCCCCAAGAAGGCUCUCAGCUCCAAAGGCAUUUCUGAGCCAGAUAAAAAAUUGAGGAAAGGAAGGACAGUGUUGUCUAGCCAAGAAUCCCCAAUUUCUCACCCUUCUCCUGCCUCUGCCCCUCCCUUAAAGACCUCUCAGAAGGUUUCCCGUUCUAGAAGCAAGACAGAUUCUUCCAGGGCCAGUGGGCGACAUGCAUCUCCUGCUUCUGGCCAGGCUAGAAAGGAAUCUGGCACCAAACUCCAGGAAAGCCAGGCUGUGUCGUCAACUCAACAGAAACACAAGUCAGUUUCUUCCCUAUCCUCUACAGCUGCUAAGAAAACCACUUCGGGGUCAGUGACACGAGGGCCGUCUGCUGGGAAGAGCAGGACUUCAGACCGAAGCCUCAGCAGGGAGGGCUCCAAGGUAAGCCUUGGAUCAGAUAAGACCAGUGUCACUUCCAGCUCAAGAACUAGCUCUCCUCGGAUAAGCCAGCCUAGAAGCGAGAGCAGAGCCACGGACAGCAAGCAUAUGCGGAGCUCCUCAAUGGCCAACCUGAGGUCCCCAAGCAUCAGCAUGCGUUCGGGUUUAAAGAGGGACAGCAAGUCGGAGGAUAAAGGGCUGUCUUUCUUCAAAUCAGCCCUGAGGCAGAAGGAGACCCGACGGUCAGCUGAUCUUGGAAAGAUGACAAUGCUGUCAAAAAAGACUGCAGGUGGCUCCUCCAAGCCAGGCAGUAAAAUUGUGGCAGAAGACAAGUCAGAGAAGAGCAGCCUUCCAGCAGCCUCUCUCACAAACCCCAGCAUUGCUGUGAAAGAGAAGCUUGCCCUGAAAGAUGCCAUGCCCAGCAAACAUUCUCUGCUGUCCAGCCGCAAAUCCAAGUCUUCCCAGCUAGACCUUGGAGCGCAGUCUCCUUCCAGUGACAAACAGUCUGCUGACAAGUCACUGAAAAAGUUACCUUCCAGCAUGCACAUAUCUGCACGGCCUUCUCCGAAACCUCACUGAGAUGCUGCAAUCCAGGUGUUUUUCUUUCUUCUGCUGAGAGCUAAUUUAUUCUGAGUUCUUGUUGGUUUUUUUGUUCAUGUGCCUAAUGUGUGUUUGAGGAGAACUUAACUGCAGAUUGGUAAAGCGCCUUUUGAUUCUGCCAUCAAACCAAAUAGCCACAGCUGGCCAGCACUGAUACUAAGUUAAGUCCAGCUGGAGUCAUAAAACACGAACGCAGCUGUCCCAUAGCACUUCUACAGAAGUCUAUUUAUAGAAAAAUGCAACAACUUUCUUCAGACAGCAGGUCUGAAACCUGUGACCCAGUUAUACUGUAAUUAGCUUGCUUUAUAGAACUGUGAACUAAUAUUCCAUUGGAUUGUAUAAGCACGCGCCAUCUGUGGUUAUGGGUGGCGUGGUUCUUGGCUGCAGAAGAUGCUAAGGGACCUGUGAAAAAAGAGAGACUGCUGCUUCUUUGUGUUCUCCCUCGCCCCUCAUUUUUCAAGCUUUUUAAAGGGCAAUAUCUGAACACUAAUGUUGUUUCUCAGGUAUAUACUCAGCCAGUAUAGGAGGGCUAGCAUUAGUGACUGGACAGGUCCAAAAGAUACUCCCAUAUGUGUGUAGAACAGUUUUCAUAUUUUCAUUCCAACAGGCUUAAUUAUUUUUAUAAAAUAACUUGCAUUUUGUUGCCAUAUCUGGAGACUCUACUGUCUGCUCCAGCUUCCUUCUUCCUUUGAGGUGUUACACUACGCAACAGAGAAAAUGACUAGUCGGUUGCCAGCCACUAGCUAUGAAAUGUGCAAGGUGAAAGAUUAUUACAAUGCCUAGAAAGACAGCUGGAAUUCUUAGUCUUGAAUAAUAGUGAAGCUGGUAGGACCCUUAUCGUUAAAGCCCUGAGAAGCAUUUUCUAACACACAUGCUCAGAUGCUUAACUGGCAUCUCUCUAUCUACAGGAGAUGUGACUAGAUGUGCCACGUGAUCUGUGCUCCCUUUUUGCAUUUUCUGAGUGUGUUUCAACGCACCUCUGUGGGGUUGUAUUUUGACCAAUAGUGUAGUCCCACAUUCUUCUCUUCAUUCUACAUUUCUAAUGCUUGCUGACGGGUCCAGCUGCAACAGUGUCUUACAAGACACGUCUGGUUUCUGAUCAGAUGAGGAAUUCUGUCAGAGUUAAAACACUACAUAGGCAACACCUUUGCACACAGUGCCUCUCUGAAAGGUGGCUUCUCUUCCCUCAAGUCCUUUGAUACACACAUGGCAUUGUCUGUUUUUAUUUCAUGAGCUGCUGCUAAUGAAUUGCAUUCUCAUUUUAAGAAAACAACAAGCUGUGUCCUUCAUGUAUGGAAUCAUGUUUUGUGAUAAAUGAUGUAUGAUAGCUCAGUUGUACUGUGUGCACAAAUGAUCUCCAGUUUACAUUAUGUACAUUCGUUCUUUGCCUGUCACAUGAACACUUCUGGCUCUGUGAGCUUAGUGCGUGGACAGACCUAUUUAUUAAACUUUCCUGCUCAGUAUUACAGUAACAAAUGACCCUGGAACAAAUAGUUAGUUAAAUAUCCGGUUCAAUCUCCUCUCUUGAACCUGUUGGGAAAGUUGCUCACAGGUCACUGAUUGUGGCUGCUCCUUGGUCACUUACACUUAGCUCAUCUGCAACAAGCUGUUGAGAGAUUUACUUUCAGGGUAUCUUCAAUUGGUAAUACACAAGAGUUGCAUAUAUGGCCUCAGACGUGAUUGUGCAUACCACAAAACUCUGUGUAACCUGUGAAUAUGAACCCACACCAUCCAGUCCAGACCAUACCCUCUGCAGGACAAGCAUUCUUCAUCCCCAGAAGCAGUGCUAGUAGCCUGUAACACUUCUCUCUACUCUGCCUGACCUUCCAUGUCGUGAAUUAUGUUUUAAAACCCAAACAUGGCCAUUUUCUCCAUUCAUUCCUGUUCCUAUAUCACGCUUAGUGUAGCAAAAAGGGGGCAAGAGGCAUAGAAAAUUGAUCUUAAUUUGUGAAGCUGGAUUGUUUUGUUUCUUGUUUCCUGAACAGGCAGGAGUUACUGGGCAUAUUCCUCUAGUCGUAAAUUUCUACCUAAAACUUCGGAUAUUGAAGCAUUAGUUUAAGGCUUUGUCAACAUGGUUUGCGCUCUCAAGACAGCUCCUUAAUUGCAACAGUGCUAACAUGGUCUGAGCUCUCACUAUAGACUGGGCCUAGUUUGCCAACUCAUUAGAAAGUGUAUCAUUGUGCAAAGUGAUCAUGUGAAAUAGCUUCCCCCUCUUGUGCACUCGUUCAUUGAGCAAUUCUUGUAUUACAUACAGCUGAAAGUUGGUUCAGGGUUUCCACGUGGUAGCUUUACUUCUUGUGUUCACUGCCUUAUUGAAGCAAAUAUGCAGCAAUGACUUUGAGAUUGUGUUGUAGACCAAUGCUAAUCCAGUGUGCUUGUACCAUGUGGUGAGCUUGCUAUGUAGACAUAGGCUGCAGUACCAAAAUGGGAGCAAGAAGUCUAAUAGUUAAGAUCAAAAACAGCCAAACUGCCCUGUUCUGGUAGGUAACCCCAAACUUUCUCUGAGGCUGCUGAUAAUCCCUCCUUGGGAAUUCCUACUAGCUCCAAAAUCAUCUCUCUCCUUCUGCAAACUGUCCAAUGUGAGUUGGUACCAGCGCCUUUGGAAACGGGAACUAUGAUACACAAGACCCUUGCGUCUGGUCAAUCCCGCCCUUCUGAAGUUUUUAGAAUAUCACCCUCUUCCCAUUAAUUUUCAUCUCGGGGAACAGUGUAAUAACAAAAUCUCUCCUUAAAAUGAGUGACGCGCUGUUUUCCUGUGGCAGACUGCCUGCACUUCAGAUAUAUUUUUGAGUAAGCAGGCUGAGCCAUGCAGCAAAUCUCUUCAGUUUAUAUAGGGAAGUGGAUUUCUGUUGGUGGUCUCAAAGUGCACAACAAAGUGAAUAAAAUAUGAUGGCCGUAACUCUUAACAGUAACUAGAACAGGAGCUGUGUCUUUAUGGGCAGAUGAAACACGAACACAACUAUCUGGAAAGCAUCGUGAUUCUUUGCUGCUUUUCUCUGCAUCCUCUGCCCUUGGGUUCUAUUGAUAUCAAUAGAAUGUGAAGUUCCAGGGACGUGUGAUGCUUGACCUGGUGGUGGCUCUA